UGCUCUUAAUUUCUCUGUUAACUUAAAUUUCUGAAUUAAUGCUUGAUUUCCGUGAUGCACCUCUGUUUUCUGGAUGCGUCUCUUAUUGAUCUGUGUUUGUAAUUCUGUGUUUUGUUUACAUUUUUAUUGAGCAAUUGAGAAUGGUGAUCGAAAUUACUUUGGUGAAAUUGAUUUGAUUAUGCCUUGAAAUUUUAGUGAGGAUUCGAAAUAGGCAGAUGCAUAUUGGUUUCUAUGUUUGAUGUUUCUUCUCGUCAAUGCUUAUUCCCAAUUGAAAAUAUAACAUGUUUGGUAGACGAAAUGCAAAAUUAGAAUUCAGUAAAAACCUAAACAUGAAAUUUUGGUACUUGAUCAUUAUUUUGUUGAGAGAUCAGUAAAACCUAAACAUGAAAUUCUGUUAUUUGGCAAUCAUAGUUGAGCAUAAAGUUAUUUUUCUUAGGCUGAAGUCGUUGAGGCAGAUGAAGGAAAACUUCUAGUAUUGCUAUUUUAACACUUAAUGGGGAAGGUGUUUUUUUCCAUGUAUGCAUCCUGUGAAUCUUGAUUUUGAUCUCUGCCCUUUUCGAUGUUAUCUUGCAAUCAAGUAUGAGUAGAUCUUCUGGUUGGAACUUCAUUGCUUAUAUACUAGUACUACCUACCAUGAUCAUGUGAAUGGACUAGCAACAAAUUGACAGGCAUUGUUAGUUUACAUAUGUGAUUGUAGUAUUUUCUGGGGUCUAGUUGCAUUGGAUCUCUUAUGAGUUGAUAUGUGUGGGGGCUUUUGUUCUACUACUUUUUUUAGUCUUUAAUUUUAUAAUCUCUCAUCUCUCAUUUUCUAAUUCAUUCAGAAAUUGUUACUCCUUUACAGAUCACAUCUGAUUGCAAUCAUUGUGCUAUCUAUAUGUUCCUCUUAUUUAUCAGUUCCACAUGUAAUCACAGCUCAAUCAUAAAUGAAUUGGAGUAUUAAUUAUUAUGACCUUCUGCACUUGAUUUAUAGCCCUUUAUCAAAUACGGAGUAUUAUAAUGCUUAUCCAUUUUCUGGGCAAGUAGUUUACAUUUUUGGGCAUUAGUCAAGAGUUGGAUUUGUAAUAGUAUGAACUUUUUUUCAUCAUUUUGCCUUUCCUUUUCUUUGGAUGCAACAGUUAGGAACUUUGAUAACCAUAUUGCUUUUAAUGCAGAAUUGGGGUUAUUUUUGUUAAUUGGGAUUGUUGGUGGCAGGUUAACAGAGGUCCAUUUGUGGGAGCUAAAGUUGUGGGUGGGAUACUGAGUAGUUGUCGAACUUGUAUUUUGCGUUUAUUUGGAAACUAAACAUGCCUGCGCUAAAGGUUGAAACUGGUCACCAAGAUGUUGUUCUUGACGUGGCAAUCGAUUAUUAUGGUCACCAAGGACCCGUGUGGCAAGCAUCAUGGGCCCAUCCGAAGUUUGGUUCUCUCCUAGCUUCAUGUUCUUAUGAUGGAAAAGUUAUACUCUGGAAGGAGGGUAAUCAAAAUGAAUGGACCCAGGCUCAUGUUUUUGACGAUCAUAAAGCCUCUGUCAAUUCUAUUGCUUGGGCUCCUCAUGAACUGGGCCUUUGUCUUGCCUGUGGAUCCUCAGAUGGAAACAUCUCGGUUUUCACUGCAAGAUCUGAUGGUGGAUGGGAUAAAUCUCGAAUUGACCAGGCUCAUCCCGUUGGUGUCACCUCUGUCUCUUGGGCCCCCUCAACGGCCCCUGGGGCUCUUGUGGGUUCUGGUCUACUCACAGCUGUUCAGAAGUUAGCAUCCGGUGGCUGUGAUAACACAGUGAAAGUGUGGAAGCUCGACAACGGAACAUGGAGGAUGGACUGCUUCCCUGCUCUUCACAUGCAUACUGAUUGGGUCAGGGAUGUCGCUUGGGCUCCAAAUUUGGGACUUCCAAAGUCCACCAUUGCAAGUGCUUCUGAAGAUGGAAAAGUUAUAACAUGGGUCGCGGUCAAGGACGGUGAUCAAUGGGAAGGGAAAGUUCUGAAUGAUUUUGGAGCCCCCGUGUGGAAAGUGUCGUGGUCACUCACAGGGAACAUCCUUGCUGUCGCUGAUGGUAAAAAUUACGUAACGCUGUGGAAAGAAGAGGUAGACGGAGAAUGGCAGCAGGUGACUACAGUUGAAUGAUAAAUCUAGUUAUUCUUCUCAUAUCCUUUCCAGGUACAGAUGAUCUUUAGACUGCUUUGCUCUCCAACUAUUACUACUAUGUUACAGUUUAAUUUGAAUUAACCUGCUGGAAAAUUAUAUAAUAGUAACUGGUGAUAUCUACAUUUACAUUUGAAUUUGAUUUAUGGACAAAAUAAUUACUAUGUUUGAUUGUUA